AUGGAAAACCAGCCACCGAACUCGCCCACCUUUGACGCUCAAGCUGACGGUGCCGGCAACUGCAGUCCCAAUCUGCCGCAGGACAGCGAAGCGGCCGCUUUGAACUUUGAUGAUAUUGAAAACACUGAGCCCCUCUACAAUCACCAGAUGAUUCUGGACGGCACGGCCAAGAUUGAGCAUGAUAUUAUUGCCAACUACCCUCUCGUCUCUGAGACCAUUAUCGUUGAUGCUCUUCACGACGACUACGCCGAGGAGGAUGAUAUCUACCAGCAGAAAGUUGAGGAUCUUAAGACCAACUACAGCUUCAUUCGGAAAACUCGCCCUGAUGGCAACUGCUUUUACCGAGCUUUCAUCUUCAGCUACUUCGAAUCGUUGUUCAAUGACGAGGAUGAACAGAAACGGUUUUCAGAAAUCUGUAAAGAGACCCGUCGUGGAAUCGAAGAAGUGCUAGGUUUUCCUGAUUUUACUAUUGACGAGUUUUAUGAAUAUUUUAGAGACAUCACCACAGGGAUUCUUGAAAAGCGAAUCACUACAGCCACUGAGCUGCUGAAUGAACUCGAUCAACCGGCCGUGUACGACAACAUUGUCGUCUACUUGCGUCUUAUGACCUCGUACUACCUGCAGAAAGAGUCAGACUUCUUCACCAACUUCAUCGAGGGAAGCGGCAGCAUUGGGGACUUUUGCAAACGCGAAGUGGAACCAAUGUACAAGGAGAGUGAUCACAUUCACAUCAUCGCGCUGAGCUCAGUGUUCAAUGUGACGGUUCGCGUCGUGUACAUGGACCGCGGUGCUGGUGGCAAGGUCAACGAGCACGAUUUUAACCCACUCCAUGCUGAAGGGCCGCCAGCAGAGCCGCGCAUUCACAUGCUCUACCGACCCGGCCACUACGAUGUUCUCUACGUUCGAUCAAAAGCCGGCGUCAAAGCCGGGCAAGGUUUUGAAUCUCUCUCACCGGGCGCCGUCUUGGCUGCCGCUGACGCCGGCUCUCAGUCGCCAGCUGCUCACCAGAAUGGCUGCUCAUCAUCGUCUCCACUGUCUCCUGCUUCUGUCCCCGCUGCCGCCGCCUCUUCACCGGCGCCCCAUCAGCAGCUAUCCGCCACCUGUCCUUCACCUGCUCAUCCAGGCCACAACUCAGAGCCCGAUUCUUCAUCGAAUGGUCAGGCCGAUGGCGAACUGGCAGUAGUUGGCAGUCCGAAGCCUGUCGCCUCUCCCUUGCCGCCCCCUACCUCCAGCGAUGCAAACUCCACCCAGCCGGACCUGUGA